GAUUGGAUUGAGAGCACGCGUUUGUUUUUGUCUAGUAUAUUUCGUUUGUUUCUUUUACGGCAAACCUAUGUGAAAAAUGUGCGCUCGAUUUUGGAUUUUUAUGCUUUGAUGAUAAAGAUUCCGCCAUGAUUAUCUUCAUAUUCCUGCUGGCUGUGACCGCGGCUGUCGAUGUGGAAGUAGCCACAGAACCGCCAUGUCCUUCAUGCCUGCUAAUGAACACAACAUGUUACAACAUGACCUACCUCUUCGAUCUCGAUGCUCCCUUCAGAAAACAGGUUGUCAUCACCAAAAUGGAUCUCCUUAGGUCCAAAAACAUGCUCUACUUCAGUUUCGAACCAGCAUUCGAAGACGAAGAAUAUUACAAAACUGGUUUCGUCAGUCUUGAAGAUCUUAGUUUCCAUGGCAUCAUUACUGGGAGUCAGAUCCUUAAUCUUGGAACCUUUGACAUAGAUCAGGCGAAUGAGCAAAUUUACUUCGGAGGCAGCGAUGGUAUAUUUGUUCUGGAUACAAAUAACAAUCAAAUGGCAUCAUAUAGUAGCCGAGGUGAUACGAUAACGAAUGUCUUUUACAAAAAUCAAGUUUAUUUCGUCCGCUACGAGGAAAAAGGGAUUACCGUUAAGCAAGGCAAUUACUUCAACAAUAUUCUAGAAUAUUGGACUGUAAAGAAGUUUGUCGUGGUUGAAAAGGAUACUGUGAACGUUAUUGUGUUUUUAAGUAAUUUAGGCUUAUUUGUUAGCAAGGGUAAGGUCGUGCACCGUCUUUCAAAAAACGCUUAUUUUAGAGGCCUCGCUGUUGAUCUGGACGGAGACGUUUACGCGUGGUGGAUAGAUGGUAUCUACAAAGUUACAUUGUCAAAGGAUAUUAAACACUCAAGGAUUGUGAAAGUAACUAAUCUCCCUUUGAUUGGGGCUAUGGCUUUUGACAACCAUAAUAAUAUUAUCAUUGCUUCUGAUAAAUCUUUGUAUUUAAUGGAGAAGACAGGUCAUAGUUGUGGGGUGGUCAAGACAGAAUAAUAC